UGCUUGCUUCCAAGAAAUCUUCUGCUGCAAUGGGUGGAAAAGUCGUCCCACUCCUCCUAUCAGCAGAAGGAAAGCCAGGGAAGACGUGCACCUUUUGCCUGGGCAUUGCAACAGUCAUUUUCCUGUUUUGCUUUGUUAUCUUCCUAAUUUUGUACAUGCAGGAGCGCCAUGAAAAGGUGACUGUCCAUCAGACUUUGGAAAGGAAAUCCCGGGAAAGGGAUGCCAUGUGGAUACAACUGCUGUCUAGCAAUCAGACCCUAGUCGAAACAGAACGCCUUUUGGAGAUGAAGAAAAAGGAAAAUGAGGACCUCAGCUCUACCCUGGUCAUCACCAACCAGACCUUAGGAAAGAAGAUACAGCUUUUACAGGAGACGGAACAGAAAAAGGCCAGGCUACAGGAACAACUGGGAAUUGCGGAGCACAACCUCACAACAAUUCAAGGGCACUGGAACUCCUGCCAGGCUGAGCUGCAUAUCAUGCAAGAAAAUAUUACAUCCUUCGCGGCAACGAUCACUCAACAAGCUGCAGAAGAACAGAAGCUCAAAGAUAUAAUGGAACAGCUUCUGGAGCAGCUCAGCAGCAAAACAAGGCAGUUGACGGAUGCAAAGCGUGAGGUCCAACUGGAACGGGGCAAUUUUGACAGAUAUAAACAAGAGGUGGCAAAACAGGCACAAGAAAAUCACAUUCCGUGUGGCAAAGGCAUCCUCAGUGAUUUCAACAUGGCCUUUUUCCCCAUUAUCCUUAGUGAACUUCUCUUCUUCUUAUAGUCUUGUUGACAAGAAAUAAACAUUUCCAGCCUCUUUUAUCUGCUGCUUUUCACUUCUGUGGUGGACAAUUGAUUUGGAGGUUCCUCCUCUGCUCUUCAAAGGCUUUCCAGCUGUUGGAGGUGUGACCGUUGGUUCAAAUGCUAUGCUCGUCAUCAGCACUAAGACACUUGGUAUUCACUUGAGGGCCAGAAUUGCCUGUCCCUCUCACGCUACUGGAAAAUAAAAACUUUUUGUGGUAUCUCA